AUGAGAGUGUGGUCAAACAAGACAGCUCAACCAAAAGCCCCGAUAAUUACGGCUAUGAAUUCUAACCUAAUAUAUCUACAUCCCCGCGUACCACAGAAGAUUCGAUACCAGAGACAGGUGGGCCAAAGAUCCAAGAUGCACCCAAAAAGAAAAAAACAUGACCGAGCCAGCUCCUGGAUUUGGGAAGUUGGCGGUGCGAUAUUCAGCAUCAUCAGCAUCGCACUCUUAGUCGGAUUUCUGGUAUAUGUAGAUGGAAAGCUCUACAACGACUGGCAAUACUCGAUUUCCCCAAAUACAAUCACAUCCGUUAUUGCCACGAUUGCCAAAGCCGCCAUGCUCAUUCCAGUCUCGUCUUGCCUUAGCCAGCUGAAAUGGAAUGCUAGCCAAUCCCCUAUACCAAUGCCAUUAUACAACAUGGAGGUCUUAGAUCAAGCCAGCUGUGGGCCAUUUGGUGCUUUGGAGGUCUUCUGGGGAACGAAGCCAGGCCUAGCAACGGUAGGGGCACUGCUUAUGGUCAUGUCUGUCACGGUCGAUCCGUUUGCCCAGCAGAUUCUGUCUUUACCGUCGCGCAGAGUCCAGGCCCCGAAUGAAACGGCGUACACCCAAAGCUCACACGUAUACUGGCCUCGGUGGAAGCUAUCUAGUGAAGUCGAGCCGAAGAUGCAGCUGGCUAUUUUGGGUGGUGUCUCGCAGACAUACAGCCAUCUGGCACCUGUUUGUUCUACAGGGACCUGCGAAUAUGACGAUUUUGUUACACUCGGUGUCUGCACUGAGUGCGAGGACAUUACGGCUAAGACAAGUCAGAAUUGUGUUUCGGAAGCUCCAAGUCUCAGUGAUGGCUUCCCUAUUGCCGCCAAUUGCACAUAUACAUCACCCAGUGGAGCCAAAUUUGUACCCAGCACCCUCAGGAGUGGUUCCCUUAACAAAUCACAAUUUAGCGUGACGCGGCAACCAUGGACCUCUAUCCUCACAUCAACAUCACAUUGGGUUGGGCAGAGAACGAUCCGAUCGUGUCUUUCUUUGCAGCAAAUCAAGGUCUACCCAUGUAUCGGGGCGAGCCUAUCGUGUCAUUUCAUUUAUCCAUGUUCGCUGGCCAUGGAUAAUUCUCCCAGUUGCCUCCAUUAUGUUAUCAAACGUGCUUCUCGUGGUCACAGCUAUAUCGACGAGGCUACCCUGUCAUCCCUCUUGAAGACUUUCCUUGGAUCCCCCGAAGACAGCAGCAAUCAGUACAAGAAAUGGUAUGAGGUUAUUCAACAGGAAUUAGACAGGAUCACCAUUAUGAGCACCGACGCAGAAGACUUUAACCUCUACCUUGUGGCAGGUGGCUACGACGAAGAGGGCAAAGAUACAUGCGACUUCAACCAGGCAUCUCAUCCGGAAUGGAGCGAGUUCGAAAGCGAGCUAGGCCCGGCAAACAAGGCCAUUUUUGCGAUGUGUCAUCUCUCAUUUAGUGCCAUUCUGUCAGACUGGUGGCAGGAUGUCGUGUUUGAUGUCUCCCAGGUGAACGAAAGAGGCCACAAUCUUCUCACGCUUGCUGCACGGGCGGGCUGCACACCCAUUUGCAAGAUUCUGAUUGAUAAGGGAGCAGAGGUAAAUUUGCAGGUUGAGGGUCGAACAUAUGGCAGCGCUCUUGUUGCCGCCGCCCGCCGGGGGCACACUGAAACUGUCAGGUGCCUGGUCAAGGCAGGCGCCGAUGUGAACAUGUUUGUGCAGCAUGGCUUCCAUAAAACUGCUCUCAUCGCAGCACUGUUCGCUGGAAACUCUGAGACCGCCAAAUACCUGGUCCAAGAGGCACACGCGGAUGUGAACCAAACGUAUACCCCGGAAGAUGAAGAAGAUGAUGAAGAAGAUUUUGAGCCAAUCGUGCUCCUCACCCCAGUUGGCCUGGCAGCAAAGAUAAACAAUCUCGAGAUUCUUGAGCUUCUGGUAAAAUAUGGAGCCAACGUGAACGUGCCAGAGCAAUCCGGAAAUCCUCUUGCCGUCGCUAUCCGUUUCGGCAAUAGGCAGAGUGCAAAAUAUCUUAUUCAGAAGGCAAAGGCUGAUGUGAAGCUGCCAAUGGUUGAGUCGAGUUUCGUCACAAUCCUCGAACGAGCAGCAGCCGAUGACAGAAAUCUUGAAAUCGUCAAAUGCUUAAUAGAAGCAGGAGCCGAGGUUAACCCGGCAGAGUACGGCAGUCAGGGCACACCCCUCGGGGCAGCAGCAUAUGGAAACUACAAGAGCAAGGGAGGAAGCAUGAUUGAGAUUGUCAGAUACCUUGUUGAAGCCGGCGCGAAUAUCCACAAAGGGGAUGAUGAGAAAAGCCCCGUUUCACUGGCAGUAGCUGCUAGAGAUAUCAAAGUCCUGAGAUACCUUGUCGAAUCAGGCGCAGAGUUGGAUGUUCCAAAGGAAUACAAGAACGCAGUUGAAUACGGCAACUUCUCUGAGGGUAUUAGGUACCUGGUCCAGAAGGGUGCUGAUGUGAACAUGCGACUCUCGGGAAAUUAUGGUAGUGUUCUCGAAAAGACAUCAGCAGAGGACAGAACCCUUCAAGUCACCACGGCUCUGGUUGAAGCAGGAGCAGACGUGAACUUGAUCUCCGAAGGUGGGGAAUACGGAAGUCCUCUUGCGGCGGCCGUUGCGUCCUGGAUCGGUGCCGACAUGGACACAGUCAAAUACCUGAUCCAAAAGGGGGCAGACGUCAAUUUGUCGCUUCCGCAUGGGAGGUAUGGCAAUGCUCUCAUAGCAGCAGCGGCAAGGGGAUACAAUGUCGAGGCCGUCGAAUACCUGAUCAGAUCAGGUGCGGACGUGAAUGCAUCACCACAGCAUGGGGAGUACGGUAGUGCUCUCGUGGCUGCCGCUGCAUGUGAUGAAACCGUUGAUACUGUCAAGGCUUUGAUGGAAGCAGGAGCAGAUAUCAAACGUAUCUUUGAGAAAGGCGAGUAUGACUGUGUUCUUGCAGCAGCUGUGACCAACGUUCACACUCAGCUCGACAUCGUUGAGGCCGUCGUGGCCGCCGGAGCAGAUGUCAACCAACCAUUCAAGCGUGGCAAGUACGGUAGUGCUCUUGCUGCUGCUGCAUACCAAGGGAAUGUUGAGAUUGUGGAACUUUUGCUUAAAUCAGGUGCUGAUGUCAACAUGCAUCUUGAGAACGGGGACUACAGCACUGCCCUUGCAGCAGCAGAAGCUGGGGAAGAAGAAGAAACGGUGGCGAUACUCAAGAAGCAUGGUGCAACAGCUUGA